AUGAAUAAAAAUGACGAUGACAUAGAAUCCAUAUUAGGUACUAAAGACCCGGUAGUUGUUGAAUUUGUGCUGAGGAUAGCUCAAGAAAGUCAAGAUCUGAACGAGUUUGAAAAGAAAUUUGAGGCCCUGGGAGUAGUUUUGGAGACUGACAAGAUACAGAGGCUUUACGCUACACUAACAAGUACUGUUAAAGAUGAUCCCAUCUCAUCAAUAUCAAAAGUAUUAGACAGUGAACUAGGUAUAAGUGAUAAUGUUGUUGCAGAGUUUAUUCUGCAAAUAGUUAAAGACAGUCCCAAUAUUAGUACAUUAUUGAAAAAACUCACGGAAAUGAACACAGGUGUACCUCCAAUUGUAGCAAAGAAACUAUUCGACUCAUAUAAUGCUUCACAAGGACAAUUAACCGUUAAAACAAAGGUAAGGAUAAAAAAUGAAGUAGAUGGACUGGAACUACCCAAUGAAACUAUAAAAUGGGAGGAUAUAUAUGAUAGUAAGGACUUAUUGUCAAUGAAUUUUAUCACUGAAGAUGAACAGCCGGUUUUAGGGAAGAUUUACAAAGGAAUAAUAAAGAAAAUUAUGCCUUUUGGAUGUUUUGUACAGAUUCUACACCUCAAAAAAGAAUGUGGUGAAGGUUUAGUUCAUAUAUCUGAACUGUGCAAAAACAAAGUACGUCAUCCUUCCGAUGUUGUAAAACAAGGACAGACAGUCUAUGUCAAGAUUAGUAAAAUUAUGACUAAUGGAAAAAUAUCUUUAUCCAUGAUCAACAUAGAUCAAGUUUCAGGAAAGGAGAAGGAAUCGACUGAUGUCGAUGUAGAAUCAUUGAAGGUUAGAGGUAGACCAGGUGAAAAACAAUCCAAUCCAAUACGGAAGAGAAAAUUAACAUCUCCAGAAAGAUGGGAGCUCCGACAGCUAAUUGCUUCUGGUAUGGCAUCAAUUAAAGACUACCCAGAACUACUGAAAUACGAUCAGAAAGAAGUGGUAGAUCAUGAAGGCAACAAUGAUAAAACAGAAGAUCAAAGUGAUAAUAUUAAUGAGAUAGAAGAGAUAGAUAUAGAACGCAACCCGAAUGAUAGACCAAAGUUCCUUAGAAAAGAGGGCAAGAAAGUGUCUAAAAAAUAUGAGCUCCCAAAACUCUCGAAUAAUCCUAUGGGGUCAUUAAACAGAGCUGGAUCCCAAGGUUCUAAAUUAAUGCUCCAGCAUAGAGAGGAAAAACUACAGAAAAAAAAGGAUAUUGAAGAACAAAUUAAACAGAAACGGAAAAUCGAGGAUCCUACUAAAGACCCAUUACAAAUUAAGAAAGAGAUUGAUGAUUUGAGGCAGCAAUUGACAGUUACCUCCUGGGAGAAAAAGAAAUCGAGAGAGAAAGUAAGCUAUGGUAAAAAGUCCGCAAAACCGAUAUCAGCGCAAAGGAAAUCUUUGCCGGUGUAUUCCAUGCGUGAAAAACUUAUGUCAGAAAUUAAAAACAAUCAGUUUCUAGUUAUAGUUGGUGAGACAGGUUCAGGUAAAACUACCCAGAUUACACAAUACCUAGAUGAUGAAGGGUUUAGUAAAAAUGGAAUAAUUGGGUGUACCCAACCUCGUCGUGUUGCGGCCGAGUCCGUAGCGAGGAGGGUUGCUGAGGAAGUUGGUUGUAAAAUUGGCCGUGAGGUCGGUUAUACUAUUCGUUUUGAGAAUGUAACUUCGGAUGUGACACGCAUCAAAUAUAUGACCGAUGGUAUGCUGCAGCAAGAAGCUCUAUUAGAUCCGAUAUUAUCAAAGUACUCCGUCAUCAUGCUGGAUGAAGCACAUGAGAGGACCAUAGCUACUGACGUUUUAUUCGCAUUAUUAAAAAAGGCUGCUAUGAAAAGAGAUGACCUAAAAGUUAUUGUUACAUCUGCAACGUUGGACUCUAACAAAUUUGCCGAGUAUUUCAACAAUUGUCCAAUUAUUAAUAUUCCGGGAAAAACAUUUCCUGUUGAAGUUCUUUAUUCAAAAACUCCUACAAUGGAUUACAUUGCUAGUUCACUUGACUGUGUCAUGGAUAUUCAUACUUCUGAAGGCCCAGGUGAUAUUUUGGUGUUCUUGACUGGCCAAGAAGAAAUCGAUACAUGCUGCGAAGUUCUUUUUGAAAGGGCUAAGGAAAUGGGCGAUAAGAUUGAUCCAUUGAUUAUUUUGCCAGUAUACUCAGCCUUACCAAGUGAGAUUCAGUCUAAAAUUUUUGAACCCACUCCGAGAGGUAGUCGGAAAGUAAUUUUUGCAACUAAUAUUGCCGAAACAUCGAUUACUAUUGAUGGUAUUUUUUACGUGGUGGAUCCUGGGUUUUCAAAAGUAAAUACUUACUCUCCUAGGGCAGGUAUGGAACAACUAGUAGUUGCUCCCAUAUCACAAGCUCAAGCUAAUCAGAGAAAGGGUAGAGCAGGUAGAACAGGUCCAGGUAAGUGUUAUAGAUUGUAUACAGAGUCCUCAUAUCAAAAUGAAAUGCUUCCAAAUGCGAUUCCUGAAAUACAGCGUCAGAACUUACUCCAUACUAUUUUAAUGCUAAAGGCAAUGGGGAUUAAUGAUUUACUACAUUUUGACUUCAUGGACCCACCUCCAAAGAGUUUAAUGGUACAUGCAUUGGAGGAAUUAUAUCAUCUUCAAGCUUUAGAUGCCGAUGGUCACCUGACAAAAUUGGGUCAAAGAAUGUCCCUCUUCCCAAUGGAGCCUACCCUUGCUAGAGCGCUUCUCUCAUCAGUUAGCAAUAACUGCUCUGAUGAGAUGAUAACAAUAAUUGCUAUGCUGUCUGUGCAAAAUGUGUUUUAUAGACCAAAGAACAAGCAACAGGAAGCAGACGGCAAAAAGGCUAGGUUUCAUCAUCCUUAUGGUGAUCAUUUAACAUUACUAAACGUUUACAAUAGGUGGGAGAGGUCAAAUUGUUCUGAAGAUUUUUGUAAUACUAACUUCCUUCACUUCAGACACUUGAGAAGAGCUAAAGAUGUUAAGAGGCAAAUCUCGAUGAUUUUCGAGCGUUUAAACUUACCCAUUACUAGCUGUAACGAGAAUCCGGAGAUAAUUCGAAAAACUUUAGUAAGUGGUUUCUUCUUAAAUGCUGCUAAAAGGGAAACAAAAUCUGGAUACAAGACAAUUAAUGGUGGGACAGAAGUUGGAAUACACCCAUCUAGUGCACUAUAUGGCAGGGAAUAUGAGUAUGUAAUAUAUCACAGCUUAAUUCUGACUACGAGAGAGUUCAUGUCCCAAAUAUCAGGUAUAGAGCCUCAAUGGUUAUUAGAAGUUGCUCCUCACUUUUAUAAAGUUGCAGAUGAGAACAGCCAAUCUCGUAAGAAGACUAAGAUAGAACCACUUUUCAACAGACAUUCCAAGGACCAGAACUCUUGGAGAUUAAGCUCUAAGAAACAAAAUAGGGAGAAGGCACUAGGAAUGAAAAAAAAAUGA